GACGCGCCGUGACGUCACUCGGCUGCUGGAAGACGCCGCCGCUCCGCUCCGCUCCUCUCUGACCGUCUCCUCUGCUCCUCUCAGCGGGCGUCAGGCUGCACAGAGCCGGAGGAAGGGAUGCAGCCAGCGGGCGCGUACGGCGCCGCGAAGGCCGGCAGCUUCGCCUUCGAUCCGGUCGCCUUCAUCACGCAUCCCCGGACCAUCCUCAGACUGAUGUCGUGGGUUUUCUCCGUGGUGGUGUUCAGCUGUAUCGUGAACGAGGGCUACAUCAACAUCGGCAGCGAGCGUUUGCUCUGCGUCUUCAACAACAACGCUGAUGCCUGUAACUACGGCGUUACCGUGGGCGUCGCCUGUUUCCUCGGCAGCAUCUUUUUCCUGAUCCUGGACAUUUACUUCCCCUCCAUCAGCAGCGUCAAGGACAGAAGACGGGCGGUCCUACUGGACCUCGUCUUCUCUGGUCUUGCCAGCUUCCUGUGGUUUGUUGGCUUCUGUUUUCUGGCCAAUCAGUGGCAGGCUACCUCACCAGACGAGCUGCCGUUGGCCCAGGGCUCCGACGCUGCCAGAGCAACCAUCGCCUUCUGCUUCUUCUCCAUCCUGACCUGGGCUGUACUGACGCUGAGUGCACUGCGACGCUUCUUAACCGGCAGCAACAAAAACUUGUUCACAUGGCAACACCUGGAUCCUCCCUCUGGCAGUGCUCGAGCCACACCGUACCCCAUCGCCAACGGAGCUACCAUAGUAACCACCAACCCCUAUCAAGCGCCGCCCUUCACUGAAACCCUGGACCCCCAGAAACUCACACAGCAGAGACCCGUGGCUCCUGCCUUCUAGAGACAGACGGAAUGGUGCGUGUUGAAAGACACUGCGUACCGACGCGGGCAUGGACAAGUUCCUGCCUCGCUGGUUAGUGGCUUUCCAUCGUCUCCUGCGAUUGGCGGGAUUUUGGGUCAUGUGAGGAUGUAUGAUCUAUUUUCACCAUGGCAACUGCUGGCUCAGCUUAGUUAGUUGUAACUCUCUGUGUCAAGAAUACUGUCUUCUUCUGCUCACACACACACACACAGAUUUUGAUGCACGCAAACACAGCUGUACUCACUCACACCUGGAUGUAUACAUGUAGUCUACACCUGGAAACACACACAUUAUAUAUACAUACAUAUAUACACCUGGAGGCACACACACUCACACACACACACACACACACCCUGACUGCAUGUUCAUACGGUGAGGUGCAGAAUAACAUAGACGUAGAUCUGUGAUGAUGAUGCUCCAUCUGCCUUAUAAAGGGAUACAAGGUCUUUAGUGAAGGAAGUAUUGAAGACAGUGAAGCUGUGUAGCUCUGUUUAUCUGCUUCUGUUUGCCCUCAGUCUGUACAGUCUGACCAAUCGCAAGCUGCCCUGCAGACCUGUGGCCUUUCCUUGGCUGAAAUUGAGACAGGCAGGCAGCUUGACCAAUAGAUUGCAAGGAAACGAGUGAGGGGGUGGCAGAAAUUGGUACAUUUUCUUGGCAAGAAAAUAAAGGCAGGACAGCUUAAUGCAUUCUGAAUACUAUAGUGUUUCAGUGUGAAAUAUUCAUGUGAUUAAAUAUUUUAUUGUGAUAUGCUGAAGUGGUGAAAUUAAAUAUGAAAAAUAAAAAUCUAUCGACCACCAC